UAAUUAGAACAGGGCCGCUGCCUGCGACGGUCACAGAGAAUCAGUCAAAACUAUCAGUGUUGGUUCAGCAAUCUUUAUGCCAGUAACAGCACAUAAACAGGGCCGUGCAAAGGUUUAUAUCUGAGGAGUUUUGCUUCAAGGAGUAUAUAUAAAAUCCUCAACAAAAGGCAAAGAUGUCAGGCAAAGACCGGAUCGACAUAUUUCCUUCGAGAAUGGCUCAGACCAUCAUGAAGGCACGUCUGAAAGGAGCUCAGACCGGACGCAACCUGCUGAAGAAGAAAGCCGACGCUCUGUCCAUGCGUUUCCGGCAGAUUCUAAGGAAAAUCAUUGAGACUAAGACGCUGAUGGGAGAGGUGAUGAGGGAAGCAGCUUUCUCCUUAGCCGAAGCCAAAUUUGCUGCUGGAGACUUUAGCACUACAGUCAUCCAGAAUGUGAACAAGGCCCAGGUGAAAGUCAGAGCAAAGAAGGACAAUGUUGCAGGUGUGACUCUUCCUGUAUUCGAGCACUACCAGGAAGGAGGAGACAGCUAUGAGCUGACUGGUUUAGCGAGAGGUGGAGAGCAGUUGUCCAGGCUGAAGAGGAACUACGCUAAAGCUGUGGAGCUGUUGGUGGAGUUAGCCUCCCUGCAGACCUCCUUCGUUACCUUGGAUGAAGCCAUUAAGAUCACUAACCGUCGUGUGAAUGCCAUCGAGCACGUUAUUAUCCCAAGGAUCGAGCGAACCCUCACGUACAUCAUCACUGAACUGGAUGAGAGAGAAAGAGAAGAGUUCUACAGGUUGAAGAAGAUUCAGGAGAAGAAGAAGCAGCUGAGGGAGAAGAAUGAGAAGGAGAUGGAGCGGCGCCGGGCUGAGCUCGGUCCCAUCGCCGAACCGGCCAACAUGGUCGAUAUGGAGAAAGACGAGGACCUGCUGUUUGAAUGAGUCUGCUUCACUCUAUUUAUUCUUCGUGCCUACCAGGCCAAGCACGAUAUAUUUUGUGAAAUCUCCUUUGUUUUGUGUAUAUGUUGGUGCUUAUUUUGUUUUUACCUUUUUUGGGGGGAAAAAAGCAUGUUCAACGUUAUAAUAACUAUAUAGUACAUAUAAAUUAUAAAUAUCUGUACAUUGUUGGUUCACGCUGCUAGCAUUGACUGUGUUCUCUGUAUGGUUUACUAUCUUUGAGUCUGUGUGUGUGUGUGUGUGUGUGUGUGUGUGUGUGUGAUUUAUCACUGAUGACUGUAUGGGAUUAUCCGAAAUAUCAUUCCAGUCGCCUCAGAAGGAUAUCAGUUCAUCAUGUUAGGCUGUUUUCUAUGUAGUACAUAUACUCUAGUGCAACUUCGAAACCUGAUGUGGUUGGAACUAUAACGUGUGAUACUCACUGGAAACUUCAGACCAUUGAUAAUGACAGAAAACUUUAGUCUAGCUCUUCAUACAGUUCAUUGCAUCACAGAGUCAUCUCACUUUUAAUCCACUGUUAGACAUUUCAUUGUGAUUGUUGCUGUGCUGAAAUAGUUGUAUCGUCCCAAGUCUGUGAAAGUCAUUUGGAAUAAAAAUGGUUGACUUUCA